AUGGAAGGGAACGCCAUUCCGGAGCCACUGUGCCGCGGGCUUGCCUCUCUCCCUCCGAGCGGAAAGAGCUCGAAGGCACUAGCCCGCCCGCGAGAGGCCUCGUCCGCUGCCUCUGCUGCGAAAGACAGUCCGUUGCCGCCGCUGGCGCCCCUCUCUUUUUGUCAGCCGCGUCCUCCGCGGUCCCGUCCUCUCUCUGCUCUCGCCUACCAUCUUCCUGCGUCUCCUCCGCAGGUCCAGACUUCCAGCGGACCUCAGUCUCUGUUCUCUCCUCGUCGCGCGACUCCCUGUAAGCCCGACGCGUUCGUGGCAUCGCACUCUUUGUCGGUUUGGAGUUUGGGCGAAGCGUCUUCCUCUCCUCCCCGUCUUCUGCCGUCGUCUUCGCUCUCGUCACGCCGGAACGAUUCUUCCCGCGUCAGCUGCCUCGCCCUCGCUUCUUCUUCGCCAGGUUCUUCUCACUGUUGUGCUUCAGCGCCUUGCUUCCCCGCUCCUGCUUCCUCCGUUUUUGCGCUCCCUCCUCGCUCCUCGGCCGCAGCUCCGCCCCCUCCGCCUCGCGUUCCUUCUGCGCACCAGGUGCCCGCUCUCGGUCCUUCGCCUCAUCAGCCGUCGCCCUCUCUUUUUUCUCCUCCUCUGCUCGGCGCGACGCGAGUUGCCUGCAGGGCUCGCGUAUCAGCGCCCCGGGCCUCUCCGCAGGAUCUCUCGACUCGAAGCGCCUCCCUUUCGUCUUGUCCAGCCGCGGAGUCUCCGGUUCGGCAAGAGACCUCUACGCUGCCUCCCUCUGCACAGCCUUUCCACGGCUCGCCUCAGCUUCGGCGCCCGAUGUCUCGCGGCACGUCUCACGCCUCACUGUCGCGGUCUCACCCUACCGGGUCGGCGACGCUUUCUUCUUCGUCCUCGUUUUCCUGCCGCUGCCCUUCUGCGCAAGCCGGCCUCCGCAGACACGCCAAGCGUCUGGAGGCUGUCGACAGAAACCAAAAAGAGAGGCUUCUCCAUCUCGAGCGGCGAACCGGCGUCCUCCUCGCGCAGGCCAGCCACUGCCAAACGUGGCUGCGCUGCGUCGAAUCUGCGCAGAAAACUCUCGCCUUGCGCGCCCUUCGAGUGAAUCUCGCAGUCCCCGCGCUGUACGAGGCGCGCGCCGAGAAGCAAACGCAGGCUCAGCGCCUCGCGGAGGCGGUGGCGACUCAGAGAGCACGACUGGAGCGCCUGGAGAGGAAGCACAGAGACCUCAUUGCAGAGGCUGAGAGCCUCUCGCGCCCGCUGAACGACGCUCAUACCUCAGCAGACGAAGAAGGCGAGGACGCGGCACACGGAGACGGCGAAGGAGAGGAAGAUGAAGAGCUCCACGAAGAGAGGAGGCUGGUUGAGGCGGAGGCGUGCGCGUUGCAGAGACUACAGGAGCGAAUACGGGCCGCGCGCGCAGACUUGCAGCUCCACGCGGAGAUAAAACGAAAGCACUUCCUUGAUCAACAAGACACAGAAGCGAAAGACACGCUUCGCUGCGACCUGAGUCGGGAUUCGCCGUCGGCGCAGGAUGCAGAUCGCCUGCGGAGCGAGACGCACAGAAGUCGCGAAAAAAUAGAACAAUUCGAGCGCGUCCUACAUAGGAAAAGGAAGCGGCUGGCGAAGCUCUCCUCUGCAGUCUCGCAUCUCACGAAGAUCCCUUCGCGUCCUACGCCCUGCUCUUCGCCGAGCGGCGGGCGUCUUUCUUCCUCCUGUUUGGCCUGCGCGUCCUGCACAUCAAGAGGCGACGCUCUAUCGCCUUCCUCGUGCGCGUCGCUGUCGCCAUCCUCUCUCCCUUGCGCGCCUCCGCUCGUUCCUUCUCCACAGGGGAGGCGCCUGGCGGCUUGGCCUGCGGGCGCGGCGCCGCGCGACUCUGCCUCGAGGGAGGCGAAAGCAGACGAAACGCUCUCGGCUUUCAGGCUGUCGUCUCGCGGCGACAGCCUAAGAGGCUGCAGAGCUUCACUUUCGUCGCCCCCCUCGGCCGCUGGGAGUGGAGGACGUCGAGAGCUGAGACGGAAGAGCGAAGGCGAGGCCCCCAGCUUCCUCCUGGGGCGGCGCUUGGGAGAAGAAGACGAGCUGUUUGCGCUCGAGGCUGAAAUCACCGCAAGCCAACAAGACUUGCCUGCGUUGGAGGCAUUGCUGCAGGAGCGACUCCGCCUCGCGGCGCGCGCGACGGGGCUACGGCCAGCUGAAGAACGCGCCUCUCUUGGCUCGCUCCUCGCGUCCUCGAUUACUUCCUUCCGUGAAGCCUCGCUCUGCGGCCGCCCUGUGAGGCUCUCGUCUCCGCCGGCCUUCGCCCCUGCGUCCCUCUCACGGCCGUGGACUAUGCCUGAAGGCCAGGAGGGGAUAAACAGACACCCUUCGAAGACUCGAGAGGAAGAAGGCGACGCGGCAGUCGCAGCGCCGUCAGAGCCAGGACGCACUCACUGCGAGACACAAGCGAGGCAGGAGGGCGAAGCGGACGCCAGCGUCCCGGGAGAGAGCGGAGACUCGUCUCGCCCGUUGCAGAGGCCGGCGAGUCCAGUGUAUGUACACCCCAGCAAAGCUGCAGCCGGGCUGACGGACAGCUGCACCGAGGGAAGCAGAGCUGCGGAAGAUGCGUCGGCGGAAAUGUGCUUCUCCUUCGCCUCUUCAUAUUCGCCUUCGUGGCCUGGAGUGACGAGCGAACAAGUCGAGCGAAUGCACAGCGCGGCUGAGGGCCUCUGCGUACCGGCGGCGAGUGUCGGUACCGCUCCUCAGGUGGUGGGGGGCUGUGAGAGCGUCGCGUGUGCGCUGGAAGCAAACGUAGAGGAAAAGGGCCUCUCUCCUUCUUUGGGCCGCGAGCGCAGCUUCUCGCGAACGACGACGGCGUCGACCGCAGCGACGACGUCUGGGGUGCAUGUACACCAAGCCUUCCCAGUGGCGCUGGGCGCGAUUUCGUCGCCGCCUCCCUUCUCCUUCUGCGGAGGCCACGCGCGUCCAGCAGACCGUUCUCUUGCCGGCGAGGUUCCACUGAAGUUUAGCUUUACUCAACAGGGAGACGACGCGGAAAGAAGCUUCGAGGGCCAGACUGGUGCCCUCUCGUCGUCCCCUCGCAGAGCAACGGCGUCUUCUGUUCAAAGCUCCACGGAAAGCCUCUUCUCGCUGCAGAGCCCCGCCAGCGAGCCGCGCAAGGAGGGAAAGAAAGACGAAAACGGGCUUUUCAGCCAUCUGGCCAGAGGGGAGGUGGCGCCAGACCAACAUUUCGCGGCUGCGGAGAAGAGUCGCGUGGGGUCUAAAGCUGUGUCAGGUGCGUCGCGUUUGGGCAAGGGGGCAAGGCUGAAGAGCAGACUGGAAGGCCCGCUCGGCACGACUCCGGAGCACAGGCUUUCCGCAGCCAAGGCGACUGCAGCGGCGCCGAAGGCAGCGGCGAGGGCCGAGCGCGUCUCGCUGUCCCUCCGCCGCGGCGGCCAGCGAGACACCGGAGGAGAAGAGAAGCGCGGCACCGAGAAAGAAGAAGCUCGCGGGCGCGAGGAGCGUGAACACGCCGUUCACGGGCCUCACCUCGAGAGGCAUAGGACUGCCGCCUGUCUCCUUCGUGCGGGGCGGAAGCAGCGCCCGCCGCGCUUCCGCCGGCCUCAAGGCGGAGAAAGCGAGGGCGGUGAAAAGAGAGACACCGGCAGAGCCGCAUCGCUGGAGAGGGAGGCUCAGAAAACACCGCGUGCGAGAGAAACCGAAAAAAGGGAAGAUGGUGGAGCCGUCUCAGAGGAGACACGGAGCGGGAGGAACAUAGAGAGCGUGCUUCCAUCACAAACAACCAACCCGAGCGAAGAGACUAGAAUGCCAGGAGGAGGCGGAGGUACCGCGGCAGCUCAGCAGAGAGACGAACACACAAAACGAGAAGCCGCGAACGGCCUCGCAGGAAAGAACGAGCUGGCGAACGCAGACGCCGAGGAAGCGAGGGAAGAAGAGGGAGAGAGUCACGCACGCGCAGCGGUGCAGCAGGCACACGGGGCGGGAGAUAGAAGAUGUGGCGAGGCAGAGCUUCACGCCUGCACGGAGGCAGAUUUCUCAACGAGGAGAGAGGGGGUCUCCACAGUGAAGGAGUUCACGGCUGGCGAGAAGGAUGAAGAACAAAGGCUACGAUUUGUCGCAUGUGGCGCAGCGAGCGACCGGCCGUUGCCAGCCUUGGGCGGAGCUGAGGCGGGCGUCAGCGGUCCAUGCAGUUCUGAAGAAACACCUGGCGGCCGAAGCGCCCCAGAAAAAGAUGGCCAAAACGGUGGCAGGCCCCUCUUCAAACCAGACAGAGAGCCAAGAGAAACAACGUUCAGAAGAGAGGAAUGCGGAGACGCAGAAGACGCCGAGACACUCGAGGAGGAUGCCGCGGGCGUCCACGCGAACGGGAAAGCAGAAGAAGACGAGGCGGAGGGAGGGGCGCUGAGAGAGCGACGGGAAGAAGAGGACGCGCGGGAGGCGCGACCGGCAGCGUCACGCAGAAACGAAGCAGAGAGCGAGCCUGGAGAGCUGGAGCCUAAGCGCGAAGGUGGCAGCAGCCAGCGACGCAGAGGAGAAGAAGAUGAAAUGGAGAGUGAAGAGAGAGAGAUCCCGAGUCCUGUGGUGCAAGCAGCCUUUGAAGUCUCGACAGACUUCGCCUUUGUCUCAGAAGAAGAUCGCCCGCCCCUUUGCAGAGAGGCGAAGUGGGCCCCGCCAGCCGCGCUCUCUCCUCUGCUCCUUCAGCGACAGGCCCUGUCUUCUUCGGCGGCGACGAAGGCUGAGGACUUUCCGCUGCCGAUUCCAGCGGGUGAGAACCUGGACAAAGUCGCGGCUUGCGAGGCCUUGCCCUCCGCGUCUCCGGCUUCGUUUUCUUCUCUCUCUGAAGUGGAAGCGGACGGCGCGGGCCGCCUUGGCGACAGCCUUUCCUCGUGUCACUUUUUGCUCAGUUCCUCGUCGCCUUCUCUGUCUUCGUAUGUGUCUUCUCCCUCGCGGCGUGCGUCGCCUGCCUUCUCUUCUCCGUCGACACCCUCCGGCGCGAAUCCGGAAUUUUCUCCCUCGCUUGCAGCCACGCCGCGUGCCGCCAGUCCUGUCUUCGCGCCGCGCGACUCUUCGCUUCCGUCGUCGCUGCCCGCCUUCGUCGGUUCCUCUGCGGCCUCGCCUCGAGCCUCUUCCGUCUAA